AUGAAGUUCUACAUAGAUGACCUUCCAGUCAUCUUUCCUUAUCCUAAAAUAUAUCCAGAGCAGUACCAGUAUAUGUGUGAUCUUAAGAAGACAUUGGAUAUUGGCGGAAAUAGUAUACUGGAGAUGCCUUCUGGUACUGGUAAAACGGUUUCGUUGCUAUCGUUAACAGUAGCUUAUCAAAUGCAUUAUCCUGAGCAUCGAAAGAUAGUAUACUGUUCUCGUACCAUGUCUGAAAUAGAGAAGGCAUUAGUGGAGCUGGAGUCGCUGAUGGAUUACAGAGCGAAAGAACUGGAAUAUCAAGAAGAAUUUAGAGGGCUUGGACUAACAAGCAGAAAGAAUUUGUGCUUGCAUCCAAGAGUGAGUAAAGAGCGAAAGGGUAGUGUUGUGGAUGAGAAAUGUCGUCGAAUGACGAAUGGUCAAGCUAAAACUAAAAAAGAGCAAGAUAUUGAAGCCAAUGUGGAACUUUGUGAGUACCAUGAAAACAUGUAUAAUUACCAACCGGAAGAAUAUUUGCCGCUGGGGGUAUAUUCUUUUGAGAAGCUCAUAAAGUACUGCGAGGAUAAGACUAUCUGCCCAUAUUUUACGGUUAGGCGGAUGAUUUCAAUGUGUAAUAUCAUCAUUUAUUCAUACCAUUACUUGUUGGAUCCUAGAAUUGAGGAGCGAGUAUCUCGUGAAAUUUCACAAAAUGCAAUUGUAAUCUUUGAUGAAGCUCACAACAUUGAUAAUGUCUGCAUUGAAUCUUUAUCCUUAGAUUUGACGAAGGAUUUGCUGAAAAGAGCUUCCAGAGGAGCCAACGCCUUGGGUAAGAAAGUCGAUGAAGUGCGAAAGGUGGAUACCAUGAAACUUCAACAAGAAUAUCAGGAUCUUGUUAAAGGCUUGCGUGCUAAUGAUAUCCUGGAUCCGGAUGAAGAACCUUUGAUACCAACUCCAGUAUUAUCGAGGGACGUAUUGAAAGAAGCAGUUCCUGGUAAUAUUAGACGCGCCGAACAUUUUGUUUCAUUUUUAAAAAGGUUCAUUGAAUAUUUGAAGACUAGAAUGAAAGUUCUACAUGUGAUAUCAGAAACACCGAAUUCCUUUUUGCAUCAUUUGAAGCAACUGACAUUUAUAGAGAGAAAACCGUUGAGGUUUUGUUCUGAAAGACUUUCUUUACUUGUCAGAACUUUAGAGGUUGAUGAGAUAGAAGAUUUUAAUGCGUUAAAGGAUAUUGCCACUUUUGCUACGCUAAUUUCAACAUACGAAAGCGGAUUUUUAUUAAUUAUAGAACCUUAUGAAAUUGAAAAUGCUGCUGUUCCAAACCCAAUUAUGAGAUUUACUUGUUUGGAUGCGUCUAUUGCGAUAAAACCUGUCUUCGAAAGGUUCUCAUCGGUGAUUAUUACAUCGGGAACCAUUUCACCACUAGAUAUGUACCCUAAAAUGUUAAAUUUUGGUACAGUCGUCCAAAAAUCCUACUCGAUGACAUUGGCAGAAAAGUCGUUCUUGCCCAUGAUUGUUACUAAGGGUUCCGAUCAAGUUGCUAUUUCCUCAAGAUUUGAGAUUAGAAACGAUCCUUCUAUCGUACGUAAUUAUGGUUCUAUGCUCGUAGAGUUUGCGAAGAUAACCCCAGAUGGAAUGGUUGUUUUCUUUCCAUCUUAUUUAUACAUGGAAUCUAUUAUUUCAACAUGGCAGACAAUGGGCAUAUUGGACGAAGUUUGGAAGUAUAAGUUGAUUUUAGUGGAAACUCCUGAUGCACAGGAAACCUCUUUAGCCUUGGAAACUUAUCGCAAGGCUUGUUCAAAUGGCCGCGGUGCUAUUUUAAUGUCUGUAGCUCGAGGGAAAAUCUCUGAAGGAAUCGAUUUUGAUCAACAUUAUGGAAGGACUGUAUUGAUGAUUGGAAUACCAUUUCAAUACACUGAAUCACGUAUCUUAAAGGCUAGGUUGGAAUUUUUAAGGGAGAAUUAUCAAAUCAGGGAAAAUGAUUUUCUAUCCUUUGACGCAAUGAGACAUGCUGCACAAUGUUUGGGUAGAGUCUUAAGAGGUAAGGAUGACUAUGGUGUCAUGGUCCUGGCAGAUAGAAGGUUUUCUAGGAAGAAAUCUCAGUUACCGAAAUGGAUCUUACAGGGUCUUUCAGAUGCUGACUUAAACCUGUCUACUGAUAUGGCAAUUGCUAACACUAAGCAAUUUUUGAGAACAAUGGCGCAGGCUUCAGAUCCGAAAGAUCACGAAGGAGUUUCUGUUUGGAACAUUAAUCAACUUCUAAACUACCAAGAGGAACAGAAAAAAAAGCCGAUUUAA